AGCUCUCGAGUUCAAGUCCCAUCAACUUGUCCACUUCUUCCAAUUCCAAUUCAAUUUCCAGUUUCUUCCAUCUUUAAUUCUUUGAAAGCUUUGGUUUGAUCAAAUGGCACUCCUAGUUAACGAAGUUGACACCCUCACUAACCAAAUCUUUUCCAUCCUUGAGAACAAAUUCCUUUUCGGAGAUAAUGAGAAUGCCACUGCUACAAAAACCCAUCAUGAUGAUCCUAUGAAAUCCGGGAAUCAUUUUUCUGGGAAAGUAAGAAUCCUUUCCAUUGACGGUGGAAGCUUUUCCGAUGGUAUAUUGGCGGCUCAGUCUCUCCUUACCUUCCAAACUAUUCUCCGUCAAAAAUCGGGAAAUCCCAAUGCAGCCAUUGCCCAAUGUUUCGACGUCGUUGCAGGCUCCGGAGCCGGUGCGGUUCUCGCCGCAUUGUUGUUCACUCGGGCUGAAAAUGGUGGCCCCCUUUUUACUGCAGACCAAGCUCUUCAGUUUCUUGUCAAAAACCGUCUGAAACUGUUUCCCUCCUCCCCUCAAGGGAUAUUCCGGCGACUUUUCCGUCCAUCUGGGGCGAAGAAACUGUUGGGUAAAACCUUCGGGGAGCUGACUUUGAAGGAUACUCUGAAGCCGGUUUUGAUUCCCUGCUACGAUCUUUGUUCCAACGCGCCGUUCUUGUUUUCCCGCGCUGAUGCAUUGGAAAUGGGCGGUUAUGAUUUCAAGAUGAAGGAAGUGUGCUACGCGACGUCGGCUGAUCCGACGGUGGUUGGGGCGGUGGAAAUGAGAUCGGUUGACGAGAGCACAAAGAUCCUGGCGGUGCAAGGCGGGGUGGCGAUGAACAAUCCAACGGCGGCGGCUAUAACACACGUGAUUAAUAAUAAGCAGGAAUUCCCGUUUUGUAAUGGGGUAGAGGAUCUUUUGGUGUUGUCUUUGGGGAACGCGGAGUCUGGUUUCGGUUCUGGCGACGUUACUCUUACUCCGACACGAAUAAAGUUUCUUAGAAUUGCCGGCGAGGGCGUUUCCGAUAUUGUUGAUCAAGCAGUUUCAAUGGCGUUCGGAGGAAGCGGAAGCGGAAACGGAAACAACUACGUCAGAAUUCAGGGGAAUAGAUUGAACUGUAAGACCUCCGAUAUUCAUCCAAAAUGUAAAAUCGACGCCGUAAUGAGCCUUACAAAGGAGAUGCUGGUCCAAAGGAACGUGGAAUCACAUCUUUUCAAAGGCAAGAAGAGGAGCGAGGUGACGAAUUUAGAGAAAUUAGAGAUGAUCGGAAGCGAGUUAAUAAAAGAGCAAGAAAGAAGGAAAACCAGCUUACUGCCGACGGUGGUGUUGAAGCAGAAUCAGUCGGCGGCGACUCCGAGAUCGUCAUCGGCGUCCGCCACUACCAUUUCGAGCCAGUCUUCAUGUUAAUUCACAUUCACCUCCAAUUUUUACAACGGCAUGAUUGUUAGUUCAUUUCAUGCGAAUGCUGCCGCUCGGAAUAUAAUUAAUUAAUUAAUUAUUAAUUAGUGGCCGGGCCGAGCCGAGCUGUAAACUGUACUUAACUAGUUUCAUUGUUUUGUUUGUAUGUGAGUGGUUGAGAUAAUAGGAAGACCGAAGAGGCUUCUAUUAUAUUAUUUGUAUAGUUUAGAUGAUUGGUGAUCCUAAUACAUGGAAUGAAACUACAUUUAUUCUUCUCUC